GCGCAUAUAUUCGUCAGCGUUACGCCCGACUACCAGUCAAUCUCUAGAGCGCUGAACGAAGCUAUCGAAUCGGCUCGACAUUCACUGUGUUAUACAGCACGUAAAUUUCGUUUGCGCGCGAUACUCAGCUCGAUCGCCGAGGGAAUUUCUUUAAGGUUGAAAAAAGAUAAUACAUUAAAAUGUCGGAUCCGGCACAUGGAAAAAUAGAAGAUAACCCUAAAAUAUUAUCUGGCCAAGUGCUAACGAACUCGCCGAAUGCUGUUUUGUCGAAGACUCUACUUGGCCGGUAUAAUGACCUACCACUGCCAGCUGACAACAUUUUGGCUACCUAUAUUUGGAUUGAUGGAACUGGCGAGCAUCUCCGGUGUAAAGACCGUACUUUAAAGUACAUACCUAAGGUACCCAAAGAUUUGCCGGUUUGGAACUUCGAUGGUAGUUCUACAGGUCAAGCUACUGGACACAACUCGGAUACAUUCUUGGUGCCUAGGGCUAUUUACAAGGAUCCAUUCCGCCGAGGCAACCACAUUCUCGUCAUGUGCGAUACCUUUAAGUACAACAUGGAACCUACAGAAAGUAAUCAUCGUGUGAAAUGUCAAGAGGCUUAUGAUAAAUGUAGAGAUGAGGAACCUUGGUUCGGCAUUGAGCAGGAAUAUAUUCUUCUGGACUCUGACCUCCGACCCUUCGGCUGGCCCCCAGGUGGUUUCCCUCCACCACAGGGCCCUUACUACUGCGGUGUUGGUGCCAACAAAGUAUUCGCUAGGGAUCUCGUUGAGGCUCACUACAGAUGCUGUUUGUACGCUGGCGUACCAAUUGCAGGCACUAACGCUGAAGUAAUGCCCUCACAAUGGGAGUUCCAAGUUGGGCCGUCGGUGGGCGUGACAGCUGGGGAUGAUCUCUGGAUUGCUCGGUACAUUCUUCACAGGCUAGCCGAGGAAUACGGUGUGAUUGUCACAUUCGAUCCGAAACCCGUUCAGGACUGGAACGGAUCUGGAGCACACACCAACUUCUCCACAAAGAAAAUGAGAGAAGAGAACGGUAUUAUUGAAAUCGAGAAGGCAAUUGAUAAGCUAUCCAAGGUGCACAUGAAACAUAUCAAGGUGUACGAUCCUCGAGGUGGCAAAGAUAACGAAAGACGAUUGACGGGUCUCCACGAAACAGCCAGUAUUAACGAUUUCAGCGCAGGUGUCGCUAAUCGCGGCAGUAGCAUCAGAAUACCGCGUCUUGUUGCUGAAGAGAAGAAGGGCUACCUAGAAGAUCGUCGACCAGCUUCUAACUGCGAUCCUUACGCAGUUACCGAUGCUCUAAUGCGCACUUGCAUACUCAAUGAAUAACAGAGGAGCCCUGAACUCUGCACAAUGCCCAAAUCACGUGUCAGUUAACAACUAUAGAAAUUAAAACUCCAAUACAAAAUCCAUGUGCCUAAUAAUUGUGGUCUUCAAAUAAUAAUGCACUUGAUAGAUAGUAUAGAAUCUACUUACUUAGAUGUCUGUAAGACUUAGCGCUUCGCCUUUUUAGAAGAAACAAUUCAAUAUCCUAGUAAGAACUGAAUUAUUGAAACUGGAUUUUAUUCCAUAAUCACGAUCAUAUUUUUUUAUAUUAAUCUUAACAAUAACCGUAUCUAAAGAAUUAACUUAUGAAACGCAUAAUAUAUGUCAAUAAACAGUUGUCAUUACCUAGUUAUUUACAAUUUAGAACGGGUAAUAAUUUUAAGUGACAUAGUAUUAUGGCCUGUAUAAAAUUUUAUUGCAUUAAUAAUUAGGUGCCUGCUAAUCACAAAUGUAACGAUAAUAGUAGACACGUGUUAGGUAUUACGUCACAAAGGACCAUAUAAGAUAUUAAAAACAUAUUAUAAUGUUUACGAAUAUUAUGUGAUAUUUAAAAAUUAACUGUUACUUUUGAUGCUAAAUAGUUUAUGUGUAUGUCUAGAAUUAACCACAUAUCAUUAUUUCUAACAAAUUCUUAUAAAUGCCUAAAUAAAAAUUAGUUAAGUAAUUAACCAGAAUAAUAACAAUCAUCGAUAGUUACAAAAUAGAAGUGAUGCAAACAAAAUUGCUUAAGUCGUUGAACAAAAAUAUUAAUAAAUAUUAUUACAUUAAGUGACUAUCAGACGAGUUAUAUUAGCCUAGUUCAAUUAUAUGUACCUACUUCUAUUAUUACAAGGUUUCAAUAACUUAUAUUAUUAAUCAUAACUGUGUAACGAAAUUAUGUCUUACGUGAAUUAAGAACGAUUUAAAGCACUUAUAGAGUAAUUAUUUAGUCACCAGAAUACAUGUUAAGCACAAAAUAAAUUCGUUCGGAAUAUAUUUAUACACUUUAUUUUGAUUAACAUGCGCCUAAAAUAGUCUAAAUACUAUUAGCCGAUGAAUAUUUGUUUAAAUGUAUAUGGAGAUGUUAUAAUUAUAAUACAUGAUGUUAUAAAAAGAAAUAAAAAAUACUUUAAUA